AUGACUGAUUACGCGUCCAAAUUGUCAAAAUCUUCAGUACUCAGCAGUAUUGGAGUAGAUAGUCCUCAGCCUUUACCUGGAGCUAAUAAACGGAGAUAUAUUGAGGCAUUUACUGGUGCUUAUAGUGGUGCAAGUGGUCUGGUUGCUUCGAGAGUACAGGCUCCAACAAAUUUGUCCCAGCAAUAUAGACCUCAAGAUCAAUUGAUAGAAACUGGUCAACGGGGGCAAGCUCAUCAAAACGGAGUUCUCACUGGUUUAGGAAAAGAGCCAGCUACAACAGCGGCUGCUAGUGGAUUGACCUUCAGUUCGAUAACUGAGUCUAGUUCUGGUGUUUCCUCGAAACCAGGACCUGUAUAUAAGCCUUCGGCUGAUUUAGUAUCUGGUGGAGAUAGUGAUAAAGUACCAAAACAAACAUCUCGGGGGUCUUCGCAAGUUCAUCGAAACAGACCCCAAAAUCGAUCACUGGCUCGUUCUUCGGGCUCGAGACUAACAAGCUCUACAAGCGCUGAAAAAGAAAGUGCCCCUGCUUCCUUAGACUGGGUCAGACAUUUAUCAAUUAGUGCUGCUACUGGUGCAUCUAGUGGAAUCCAGCAAGUGGUGGUCGGGUUGUUUUCAUUAGCCAGACAACUUUUGAAUACCGAAUUCACCACCCAAGAAGAUCUAAUAGGCCCAGAAACUGAAUCUGAGUCGGAAUCUGCCAAAAAGAGACGCAAAAUUGAGAUGAGUACUGCCGAUAUUGUAGACUUAACGCUCGACGACGAUGAUGUUGAUACUACAAUGGAUGAUUAUGAAGACUGCACGGAAUCCAUAAAUAGCCCUGAUGUUUCUUUCCGACAAGCUGUUAUGCCAGGUGCUCUGCCUUUUCACGAAGCAGAUUUUCUUGACAAACCCGCCUAUGAACGGUCUCCAAGAUUAAAUAACAAAAAUCGACAUCGCGAUGGGGCUAUCGCUCAAAUAAUGUCUACCGAAAUUGUAUCGGGAAUACCCAGAAAUAAAAGUCCCAUCCCAGAACCUUCUCGUCGUGACCCGCUAACCUCGAGCAGUUUGUUGAGGUCUACCUUGGCAAAAGCUGCUUCUACAGUGGCCGCUUCUAAUGCUGCGAGAAGUUCUGAUUUUGGCAGUCUAGAUUUGAAGACUCUUCCCUCAAAUUCAAUGAAUUUCCCUAUUACGACCAAAUCAUCUGGUGGUCUGUUUACUCCUACUGCGCCACGUGAACCUCCAAUCUCUCAAAAUACGACUAAUAAUUUCCUAACCAUUUCUUCACCUAGUGUUGCAGCUGCCGCUGCUGCUGCCGCUGCCGCCGCUCCUCUAAAUAAAUCGAUCCCAUCUCGCGCUCAGGCUCCAUCCACCUCGUCAUUAAUUGCAUCAUAUACGAAUUCACCCGUGAACUCUGCUAAAAGGCUGUAUCAAAAUAUUCAACAGCCACUGUUCCAGAACACAGACCAGGGUCAGCUAGUUACUGCCUCAGCUCCUGUCUUCCCACCCUCUCCAGUCAUACAAAAUGUAACUUAUGGAACGAAAUUCUUUUUGCGACUACACAACUCUCAGCAAAACUCGCAAGAAAUGAAAAGUCUACCCACAACCAAAACUGACACUGCAAAUGUCCCAAUGAUUCCUCGUAGGUUAAAGAACGAUGAGGAGUCUUAUGAGCAGUUUGCUAAGAGACUGAGGGAUGCAUUCAAGGGCAUGUAUUACCAAGGCCAGGGACCCACCUCGUCACCGAAACGAUCGAGCCCUAGUAAAAGCCCGGCCGAUCAAAAGGCUCCUAUGGCUGCACAGUCAUAUACUCCGUUGGGCAAGGUGUCAUACAAAGACCCUCGAUAUCUGGUAAAGCUUCAUAGAAAGAGAGAGUUGCUGGAAAAGGAAAAGGCAACCUCAACAUCAUCAUCUGUACCAUAUUCAACAACGACUACUGCGCCCGAAUCACCUCAACUCAGUAAAGAAAAGUUCAAAAAAUAUCAAGAAGUACACAAUGCCACUGAGAACAUUCGUAAACAAAUUGCCGACCUCAAGGUGAAUGAAGGCGACGAGUUCAGAAAACCCCUUGAUCCAGCACAGCUAAGUCAGGUCGAGGACUAUUGGUACAAUCAUGUUAAAUAUCCGGCUGGCAAUAUCAUCGGCACCGCAUUCAGAGUUGACUUGCAGGUGCAAGAUGUGAGAAGUUUGGCAGAUGCAUCCUGGCUCAAUGACAAUGUUAUUGAUUUUUAUUUGGCAAUGGCUACGGAAAAGGCGAAUAAAAAUAGUGACCUCACCUCGUUUGCAUUUUCCACUCACUUCUUCUCCAAGCUUGAGGGUCCACAAGGAUACAAAGCGGUGUCACGAUGGGCCAAGCGUAAAAAUAUCGAUGUGACAAAGCUUGACUUUGUAUUUGUUCCAAUUAAUCUCAGUAAUGUUCACUGGUGUUUAGCUGUUAUCAACAAUCGAGAGAAGAAAUUUGAAUUUUACGACUCUAUGGGCGGCGACGGUAGCCGGUCCUUGUCAAAACUGUGUGACUAUAUGGUCAAUGAGGCCGACCGCAUCACUCCGGGCCAACACGAAGCACAUGUUGAAAAAUAUUCAAGUUAUGAGCGAGUAAGUCGUGCUUCGUGUCCUCAACAAACAAACGGGUAUGACUGUGGUGUAUUCACCUGUAAAAACGUCGAACUUCUCAGUGCCGGAAGGAAGCUCACCUAUCGUCAGGCUGAUAUGAAAAACAUCCGCCGCAACAUGGCUCAUCAAGUAUUACAUAGAGCACUUUCCUCUAAAUUAUAG